UAAAUGCCUUCAAAAUUAUAGUAAACAGCCACAAAUAUAAAAUAUAAAUUAACACAAUGAACCCUCUAGAAACUGCACAUAUCAACAACGAUGAUGAUGAAGAAGAUGAUGAGAUAUUCAAAUCUGAAGAUGAAAUGAAGCGAUCUCUGUCACGGUUUUGCUACGGUGAUCUAUGCGUCAUAGGAACAAUAUGGAUUAGGACUUUAAAAUUUUUGUUGGUUGGUGCAAACAUGAGUCUGAUACCCGUAGUCAAAGCUGCCAAACCUCCAGAUUGUCCGAAACGUCCGCCACCAAUGAAGUCUAAAGAUUUACCGAUAUACAAAAGUCCGCAUUACGAAUAUAAAGAUCACAUAGCUCAGAAAAGCAGAUGUCCAGAAGCCAACGACAAAUUGUUUCACAAAUUUCUCCUUCCACACGUCACUUGCUAUCGAAGAAGCAUUCAACGACAGGCGUGCGAUGCAAGAUGCUCGAUAGGAAAGACUUACAACGAUAUAUACUGUUCUAUAAACACUUCUGCGAAAGACUUUAAGACAUUUAUGCGGAGUCGAGAAAAUUUGCAAUUAAGACAAACCGUCCUUGCAACUACCACGGCAACAGGUUAUUUUAUAGGAUCUGGAAGAGGUAUCCCUCGCCGAAUCUUCUUCGCUGGCCUCGGUGCUUUAGCUGGAGGAUCUCUGUGUUUCCCAAAAGAAACAGAUGAAGCAUUCAGGAAUUUUCUGUACCAUUCUGCUAAGACUUUGAUAGCCGCUUAUAAUUUCUACUGUAAUAAAAGCUUUGCCUUGAAAGAAAGGAUUCCCUGCAAAGACGAUAUGCCUACACCUUCGAAGCCAAGGGAACAACAGUGUCCUGAAAAGAAAUGAAAGAAAAAAAUAUUAGAAAUCAAGUAAUAAUUCAAUCGGUAAACUCCAAUUUAAAAUGUGACAAGUAAGUAUAUGACGAAAUAAAAUAAAUAUGAAGAAACAUUUAUCUUUCAUUAAAUU